AUGGGAGGAGGACAUCACCACGAACCAUUCAAGAUUCCAAAUUACGCCAUCUAUAACAAUUAUCGUGAUUUCCCACAACUCGCUCAACACGAAAAACGUCUUGCGCAAAUCGGUUUGAAAGACCCGUGGAUCAGAAAUUAUGUGUAUUUAUACGAUCGAAAAUAUCCACAUGUUGUUGGACAAUGGGCCCAUUUCAAAAAGGUUUGUUUCUUGUUGAAAUUUUGAAAUUUUUUAAUGAAAAAUCAAAUUUUUAGCUAAUCCUUCCUGGCUGGAAAGCGGGAGUCGCAUUUGCCGCCGCUUUAAUUCUCAUCGAAGAAGGAUAUCAAUACAAGAAACAUGGAACAACAUCAUGGGAUGCUCAUCAUUAA